UGUGCAGCUAAAACCCUUGGCCAAACGCGAAGCUCAACGAUUGUUCCGAUCUCUGUUCGCCGUCGUCGACGAUCUGUUUCACCGGACUUCUCGCAUCUAUAUCUUCCAGAGAGAGUCAACGAAGUAAAGGAUGAGUGGUUUUAGAGCAUUCAAAGCUAAAGUGCCCAUUGAAUGGAGCCAGAACUUGUACAUAACCUUAGUGAGAGGUCUCCCUGGAACCAGGAAGCUUCACAGGCGUACACUCGAGGCUAUGGGGCUCCGGAGAUGCCACCGCACUGUUUUGCACUCCAACACUUCUUCCAUUAGAGGAAUGAUUCAACAGGUUAAGAGGAUGGUUGUUGUCGAAACAGAGGAGAUGUACAAAGCUCGCAAAGAAGCUGAAGCUAACCACAAAGCUCUCCGCCCGCCGCUUGUUGUCAGACAUUCAAUCCCUGCAGCAGGCUCAUCCAACAUGUCUUGAGUAUUUCAAGAAGAGGGUAAACCUCUUUUGCAUUUGUAAUCAACACAAUGAGAAGUGUUGGUAUCAGUGAAAUUGGUGCCUUGUUUCUGGUGAACACGGGAUCCUUAUGUUUGUUUGCUCUCAUUUUGUCAAAUCUCAAUACAAUGAUGAACUAGUUUUUGACAAA